CACAGUUAUGACAGAAACGCCUCUAGCGCGGCUCCGCGCGCCGUGCGGGGCUGAGGCGUGUGUCCUGCGGAGGCCGCCGUAGCGCGGCGCGGCCGGGCGAGGCGUGGGCGCUGCCAUGGCGGCCGGGCCGCCGGUGCUGCUGGGGCUGCGCGACGCCGCCAUGGCGGGGCCGUGCCGGGGCGCCGGGCAGGCCCCCGCCUGGGCCACCAGCAAGCUGGGCGGCUUCGCGGACUGGGCGCCCUCGGUGCGGGCGGCUCCGCCGCGCUGCGGGGCCUGCGGGCGGGCGCUGGCCCAGCUGGUGCAGGUGUACUGCCCGCGGGAGGGGUCCCCCUUCCACCGCCUGGCCAACGUCUUCGCCUGCGGCCGGGAGGGCUGCCGGGGAGCGCCCCACAGCUGGAAGGUGCUGCGUUCCCAGUAUUUGCAGGCGGAAGAAAAGGAACCCCGGGAUUCCAGCGUGAAACAGAAACAAGAGUGGAACUUUGCUGCAAAGGAUUGGUGUGAUGAAGCAGAUAACUGGGGAGUCUGUGAUGGAGCAGAAUCUCCUGCAUGUGCCUCCCUUCAGCUGCUUGGCUUAAACGAAGUGGUGAGCAGCUCCUUCUCCGGAGAGCUGGAGUGUGCAUCCCAGUUCCAGCAGCUUCGCUUGUCUGAAGCUAUGGAUGGGCCGGGUUCCCUGAGUACACAUCCUCCGGUCAGCGAGGGAAUGGUAAUGGACACGUCUAGUUCAGAUCCUGUGUUCCAGCCCUUUUACAUUAGUGUUGUGGAUGAGGAAGACUACACUGGUUACCUUGACACGGAGCAUGCAGAUAAGCUAUUGAAGGAGUAUCAGCAGAGAGAGGGUGUCGAUUUGGAACAGUUGAUGUCAGGAAGUUUUGCAGGUGAAGGUGGUAAUGAAAAAUAUGAGAAGAGUGAAGUCAAAAGCAGGGACCACGCAUUCCAUAAAUUUAUGAAAAGAAUAUCUGUGUGUCCUGAACAGAUUCUAAGAUACUCUUGGGGCGGCCAGCCUUUAUUCAUAACGUCUCCUCCAGCCAGCAUUGACCAAGGUAUUCCCGCCUGCAGUAACUGUGGAAGCAACAGAGUAUUCGAAUUUCAGCUGAUGCCAGCGCUGGUCAGCAUGCUCCAGAGCGACUCAGACCUCACCGAGCAAAAGAUGUAACUCUGGUUUAUGGAGACUCUGUGAUUGCAACUUCAUUUGCUCACUAGUGAACUUGGGAGUAAUUUGCCUUUAUUGCCUCUGCAGUGAGGCCUUGGAAAGUAAUAAAUAUUGUCAGAUAAGACUGCAGACGCUUAAGAAGCUCUUUGAAAAUUCUGAGUCGGCUUGCUUUAAAAUCUUUAAAAUUAGAAAAUGCUGUGUACAUAGGAGACUGAAUAUGAGAAAUAUUUUCUGAAUUGGGAAAGAUUGAAGUAUAGCAAUAAGCAAUAGCCCCUGAUUAUGUCAUUUUUCGUACUUUCACAUUACACACCUUUAUUGUUUUGUUUUUAGAUCUGUCAGUGGAAUUUGGAACUGCUCUGGUUUAUACAUGUGAGAGAAGCUGCUGGCCACCAAAUCAUCAAACCCCUUUAGAAGAAUUUGUUUUUGUACAAGAAGACCCAGAUCAGAGAUUAUUUAAAUAAAUUGUAUUUCUCUGCAUAGAUGGAAAGUC